AUGGACCACGUCCCACGCGUCCGAGACUGGCGAAUUGAAAACCGGCGCGACACGGGACGGUCCGUGCAGUUCGUUGGGAGGAGUUGCGAGAGAAUGAGCGAGGAUGAGAUUCGUUCUAUCGCUGGUGACUCUCCUCCUCGGAGUGUGCGCGUGUCGCGCCGAGGAGAUCGAAAUCAACGAGAUCGAUAGCGACGGAUCAGCGAAGGCACGAAACGUAAUGCGUAAUGCCACGCUCGCCGAGAUCUACGAGAACGCGGUCCAGGCGUACCUCGAGGAGAACUGGGACGGCUGCAUCGCGGGAUUCAGCGACUCUCUUCACGGAUACAAAACGUAUAAACGCAUGGUGACAAUUUGCCGGCGCAAAUGCAAAGCCGAGGCAGCAGGUUCUUCGCCAAUUUUUGCGCAGGACAUUGAGGACUUGCAUUUUUAUGAGAAAAAAGUGAAGGAGACACUUUGUUUAAUGAAAUGUAAUCAGGAUUAUCGAGAAAUUGCAGGUGCGGGGGCGCUUAAACGACUCCCACUCUCCACGGAGAAAAAAUUCAUUAACCUUGCCAUCUACGAGUAUCUCCAUAUCUGUUAUUUUCAGAAAGGAAGAUAUCAAGAUGCGGCAAACGCAGCUUUCACUUUUCUGUCUCAACAUCCCGAUCACGAAAUAAUCAGGAAGAAUCUGAAAUACUACUUAAAUCUUCCUGGCGUGGCCGUGGAAAAGGUAAAAAAUUUAGAAGCUGCUCCCUUCGUGCAAAAGUAUGUUCGGGGAGUCCAGGCAUACGAAGAUGAAAAUUACGCGGAAGCUGUAAUCGAGUUCGAGAAUUCUCUCGAGUCCUACAUGGAAUCCGAGGAGCAAUGUAGGAUCUAUUGCGAGGGCCCCUUCGAUCAAGGAUGGCAUCCUGAAUUUACCUCUUCAGUAGCAAAUCAUUUUACAUUCUGUCUACAGUGUAAACGUGGAUGUUCAAUAAUGUUAAACAAUAUAAAUGGCAAAUUUCAAAGUGAUUUGCUCAGAAGUCAUUAUAAUUAUUUGCAAUUCGCUUAUUAUAAGUGGGGUAAUUUGAAAGCAGCCUGUGCAGCAGUUGCAAGUUAUUUAUUAUUUCUACCUGCUGAUGAGACAAUGCUUCAUAAUAAAGAUUAUUAUAAUUCUCAACCUAAAGUAAAAGAAGAAUACUUUACGCCAAGAGAGGAAGCCCUUUCUUACGUGAAGCGACAAGAAUACGAGCUGAUGUUGUUACAUUACAUAUCGAAAGAGUUUACAGCAAUUGACGCCAGAUUUAAGGCAUUCAAAAAUGUAAACACGAAGAGACCCGAUAAAAAGGAAUUAGAGAAGGAUUCUUAUUCGAAAACAAUCUUGCAUCCACCUCCAGGUCAUUCGCCAUCUAUUCGAAUGCAAUUUAUGGGUAAUCUAUCGACGUUCCGAGACGAGGAAGUGAAGAUAGAAGGAGGUCACGCCACGGAACGAUUAAGAGUCAUGGACGACGUGCGAUUGAUAGCAGGAGAAAAAGAGCUUGGCGGGAGAAAUCGCUACGCAGUUGACGGUUUUCUCAAUUCCACUGAUUGCGAUUUGAUUAUGCGACUCACCCAGAUCGCUGUGGAAGGCGAUGGUUAUGAAGAGAAUAAAAGUCCGCACUCAUCUUUCGAGCGCUUUGAAGGCGUAACUGUUGGCAGGAUGGCCUUGAUGGUGUACUUCGGUCUGGUGAAGCCGGAAUUGCUGAAGCUAUUUUUGCAACGCACAGAAGCGGUUCGUACUCACGUGGAAAGGUAUUUCGACCUUGAUCGACCAUUGCAUUUCACCUACACCCAUUUGGUCUGCCGAACGGCAUUACUCGAUUCGUCGGCCAAUCGAACUGAUCUGAGUCAUGAGAUUCACGCUGAUAAUUGCAUAAUAAAAGAUGACGGCUCCUGCUUGCGGGAAGAUCCAGCAUACACGUGGCGGGAUUACUCGUCGAUUCUAUAUCUUAAUGAUGAUUUUGAUGGUGGCCAGUUCUUCUUCGUCGAGGACCGAAAGAGACGUCGCAUUCAGGGAAUUGUUCGACCUAGAUGCGGACGAAUGAUAGCUUUCUCCGCCGGUGGCGAAAAUCUUCACGGCGUUCAGGGUGUACGCCAUGGCAAGAGGUGCGCAGUGGCGUUGUGGUUCACCCAGGAUGAAAAAUAUUUAGAGUACGAGAGAAUAGUGGCAGAUACCGUAUUGCAAAGAGUCCGCAUUUUGGGUACUGUGCAACGCAAGGAUAUUCAAAUACCUCUUAGGUAUGAAGACAUGCUGAUUCAAUGUUUCAAGGAAGACGAGACAUUGAGGCGCAUCCUGAAAGAAUUCGCGCAAGAUGAUAAUAAAAAUAGUAAUGUUAAUAACAAUUAAUAAUAGUUUAGAUUACAAUGUAGAUAUAUAACAGAU